AUGUCUUCAGAACGCGUUUUAACAUGCGAAACCUACACUGUGCGCUUACAACCUCAGCAUAACCUGGAUGUCGUGGGUUUUGGAGCUGCUGGUCAAGUCUACAAUGUCAGCGACCAGAUUGUUCUGAAGACUUCGAUGCAUAUUGAAGCGACCUUUGGCAUUAUGCUUCGGACACACUAUUUCAUUUUAGAUGAACGGACCGUCUUGCAACAGCUGCAAAAUAGACCGCACCCCCACAUCAUACAAGCCAAACAUACCAAUCAGCCAGAGGGACUAUAUCUCCGCAAAUAUCGACAACUACCUCUAGAAGUGAAAUCAGCACAGGCUCGUCGGAUCACGUUAUACCGCGAUAUUGCCAAUGCUCUGCGCCACCUCCAUAGCCUUGGUAUCGCACGCAGAUGUGAGAGUUGA